AUGUCUACCACCAACGGCUUCAUAUCAUCGGAUACUAAUCUGGCAAAUGAUAUCGACGGAGGGCAUGAUGCGUCUAAUUGGGUGCCUGUAUUGGAAAACCCUUUGUUUACGCCACGGAAACUUCGUGUGGUUUGCAUAGGAGCUGGUUAUUCCGGGCUAAUGCUUGCGCACAAGAUAAAGUGGGAACAAAAGCUAGAUGACUUUUUGGACCUUACGAUUUACGAGAAGAACCAUGAUGUGGGGGGUACCUGGCUGGAGAACGUCUAUCCAGGGGUUGCUUGUGAUGUUCCUGCUCAUAUUUAUACCUUUCCCUUCGAACCAAAUCCAAAUUGGUCAAAGUUUUACGUUGGAGGGGCCGAGAUUCUGCAAUACAUGAAGCGAACCGUGGAUAAGUAUAAUCUGGAUGAAAAAGUCCAGCUACGAUCCAAAGUCCUCGAAGCAAUCUGGGACGAGGGUUUAGCAAAAUGGAAGAUCAAAGUGGAAUCUACGAACGGCAUCAUCGAAGACGAGGCUGAUAUUCUUAUCAAUGGUUCGGGCAUUCUGAACAAAUGGCAAUGGCCAAAAAUCAAAGGGCUCUUUGAUUUCAAGGGCAAACUCUUACACAGCGCCAAAUGGGAUCCUACAUACGACUGCGCUGGAAAACGAAUUGCUGUGAUUGGAAACGGUUCAUCAGCAAUUCAGAUUGUUCCAACGUUGCAGCCGAUUGCAAGUCAUUUGGUUAAUUACUUUAGGUCCCCGACCUGGAUAUCGGUGAACUAUUGUGAAGGUUUCACCCCUGAGGGAACAAACUUCGAUUACACUGAGGAGCAGAAACGACGUUUUGUGACACACCCAGAGGAAUUAUUUGAGAUGAGAAAGAAAAUGGAGGCAGUUACAAACGGCUUCUUUCAUGGCAUGUACAAAGACUCGCCUCAGCAGAAAGCCUUGCAGGAUACUUCGAUGAAGCGAAUGUUGAAAAGUCUCAACAAUGACGCAGAGCUAGCUGCCAAGUUCAUACCCGACUGGCAAAUUGGAUGCCGUCGAUUGACGCCAGGAGACGGAUAUAUCCCUGCUCUAUUAUCCUCGAAUGCAAGCUAUAACUUCAAUCCGAUCAUCAAGAUUACCGAAAAAGGGAUACUUACUGAAGAUGGCGAGGAGGAGUUUGAUCUGAUUAUAACAGCGACAGGUUUCGAUGUGAGCUUUGUUCCAUCUUUCAAGCUCAUCGGCCGGGAUGGUAAGCACCAGGAAGAUGACUGGAAGCAUGAUCCCCAGGCGUACCUUUCGGUUUGUGCGCCGCAUAUGCCCAAUUAUUUUAUCUUCAAUGGACCCAAUUGCCCAAUUGCACAUGGAUCUCUUCUCACCAUAAUGUCCUGGACGACCGAUUACAUUCUCAAAUGGGCACAGAAGAUUGCUCAGGAAGAUAUCAGGUCGGUUGUACCUACAGGCUGUGCUGUAAAUGACUACAAUUUGUAUUCUCAGGAGUUUCUCAAACGCAUGGUAUGGACUAGUGGCUGCCGAAGCUGGUACAAAAAUGGAAAGACAGAGGGCAAACCAACCGCAAUGUAUGCCGGCAGCGGCCUCCACUACAAAGCUCUUUUGGAUAAUAUUCGAGGCGAGGAUUUUGAGAUUCGAUACAACUCUGCGAAUUCAUUCCGUUUUAUGGGGAAUGGGCUUGUAGAAAGGGAAACCAAAGCUGAAGAAGAUCUGGCUUUCUACAUGUCUGUUUAA